AUGGAAGCUGAUGAGUUUGUUGUGGUGGAGAUGAAGGAUGCGGCGAUGGACGUGCCGGCUGAGCAAGAUCACCUCGACUCUCUUAGCUCCUACAUUGACGGCAUUGCGGACACUCUCUGGCCCAUCAACAAAAAGAUUCAUGAUAACCCAGAGCUUGGCUACCAGGAGAAGAUUGCACAUGCAGCACUUACGGGAUUUCUGGAAACGAGGAAAGGAUGGAAAGUAACGCGCUCAGCAUAUGGACUCGAAACUGCAUUUGUCGCGGUGUAUGAUAGUGGAAAGAAGGGACCAGUCGUUUCUUUCAAUGCUGAGAUGGAGGCAGAUGCUCUCCCGGGCAUUGGCCAUGCUUGCGGCCACAAUCUCAUCGCUAUGGCCUCUUUAUCAGGAGCUCUAGCAACCGCGGAGUGUAUGGAAGCGUAUCACAUACCUGGAAAGGUGGUUCUUUUUGGGACUCCAGCGGAAGAAGGUGGAGGCGGCAAGAUCAAGCUUCUUAACGCCGGUGCAUACAAGGACUACAAAUGCGACAUCAACUUGAUUUCGCAUCCUGGAAUCGUCAACGAUGGCGCUCUCAUCCGUACAGCUGCGUACACCCGCUUCAAAGUCGAGUACUUCGGUCUUGAAGCACAUGCGGCGGCUAGUCCGUGGCUGGGAAUCAAUGCUCUAGAUGCCCUCAUUACUGCGUAUAAUGGGCUCUCUGUGCUCCGGCAGCAAACGAUGCCGGGAGAUAUAAUCCAAGGACAUAUCACGGAUGGUGGACUGGCACCUAAUAUCAUCCACGCGUACGCCGCCGGUGUCUUCAUCGCCCGCGCAAACACACGCGAUCGUUUGGCGGUGCUGAAAAAGAAAGUCGAUGCAUGCUUCGAAGCUGGAGCAGCGGCGACGGGUGCGACUUUGAAGUCCACUUUCGAGCAGUCUUAUGACGACCAUGUCCCGAAUCGCGCGCUGGGAAGGUCCUAUCGCCACUUUUUCAACCGACUGGGUGGAGCUAUCCCAACAGCUGAUAUAGACGAGAUCGAACAUAGGACGAUGGCAAGUACGGACCAAGGCAAUAUCAGCUAUGCCAUGCCGAGCUUGAGUCCUGGGUUUUGGAUCCGGCCGGGAAAUAUAGGGAGUGGCCCGCACAGCCCUGAAUUUACGGAAGUUUCUGGAACGCGAGAGGCAUUUGAUCUCGCCUUGAAAGUUGGGAAGGGGUUGGCGGCGACGGCGAUAGAUGUUUUGACGCGCAAGGGUCUUUUGGAUGAGGUGAAGAAGGAAUUCGAGGCGAUGAAAAGAUGA